GGGCGGAUCCAAAACUGCGGGACCAGGGGCGUAAACUGUGCGCCGAAGAGUGGGCGGCGUACUGCGGCAGGAGAGAUUGCGCCGACGCCAUCGCGAAGUUCUCCAACACCAAGAGCUUCUACCUCAAAUCCGUGGAGGCUGAACGAACUAGCCAGAGACUGGAGCGUUCUAACUCUCUGCCAGAGCUGGUGAAGGACGAAGCACCGGGGCCCAAACCCCAGCAUAAGCGGGCGUCGUUGAGGAAAAAAAUUAAGAAAAAGCUAACCGGAACGACGAGCGACGGAACAAAUAAACUCAGUGUUUCUCCGGGUUCUAGAUCUCCUUUUGCGGUGAUAGCACGCUGCGUUUCAACGCCGGUUCUGCCGGGCGCGAUGAAUUCCGGGUCCAGCGGCGGUCCGCUGCAGAGACCGGUGAGCGUCGAUAAUAUCCCGAGGGUGGAGGUGACCAUGCCCCCCAGGGAGGAAGGCGGGGAGGCGCCCUGCCCGAGCGCAAGUCCCGGCCGGACGUGCCGGUCCCGGCGCCGGCUCCACAACACCCCCUGCCCCGACGCCAAAGACACGGCCGUCAACAUUCCAACCACGUCGUCGGCCCCGACCUUCACAGAGGAGUACAUUACGGUCACGUGACACCCGGCAUUCCCGUGAAUUCCCCAAAAAAAAUAUUUCUUUCAAACAUCGGGAAUUACGCAACUUUUAAUUCAAACAUCGGGAAUUACCCAACUUUAAAUUCAAGUCGGGAAUUACCCAACUUUUAAUUCAAAAAACGGGAAUCACCCAACUUUUAUUUCAAUAUUGGGAAUUACCCAACUUUUUUUUUUUAUAACAAUCGGGAAAACCCCGACGUUCUACAAGAUAUUGAGCAAUCAAAGAUUUGCAUAUUCUUCAACCCUCUCUUAUUUACCACGAGACUACACUUGUAUCAAGCUUCAAGCUUUCAUACCAAAGUGAUGUACCAUUGGUUUCUAAAAAAGUGCUUUUACAAGAGAAUAUAAGUACUGAUGGUAUAAACUUCAUUAUUUGACAUGGAUUUUUACAGUUUGCACAAAUAUAAAACUUCAGAGCCCAAGACCCCAUUUACUUCCCUUUGCCAGCACUCAUAACA